AAAAUUCUCAUAGAUGAGAGUAUGAGAGAACGAAGUAGGAAUCUUAUUGGAGUACGAUGUUUGAUAGUCCUAAUAAAAUUUCCAACAAAAAAAGUAUGGGUGUCGGCGAGGUUUUGCAGAGGAUUAGCGUAGUUUGACACAUGGCUCUUUGAUCAAUGGCUGCCCGCUACUGAUUUAAAUGCCUUCAUCUUCGUAACGCACCAUUCAUCUCGUACUGACGUAUACUACUCCAUUUCCCAGAGUCUCAUCGUUCAGUGCUUCCCACAUCAUCAAUUUUCCGGUAAACUUCGCCGGGAGCCACCGGAGUUUCUUUCACCUUGUAAAGCCUGAUGCUUCCCGUUUCUGAUAAAGAUUCUUCGGCUUCUCAUCUAGUGUUAGAUCGGAAAAACACGUUGUUCAGGUAUUUCUCUUUCUACCACCCCGGCGCAUGGCUUCUACUCUCCGUCGUCCUCCUCCAGUCCUUGCUCCUCUUCUCCGCCCGCUCUCUCCCCAUCGCCUCCUACUUUCAACACUCGUAUCCUCGCCGCAACGCAUCUUCCACGGCGGCGACGACGACAACUCUCUCGACUGCACCUUACGCCUCUGAAGUUAACGCUACCGGAGCUACAAAUGACGGCGGCGUUGAGUGUCCUUUCGGUAAAGUGUAUAUCUACGACCUUCCAAGACUGUUUAAUGCUGAUCUAGUGGAGAAUUGCCGGGAUUUGGACCCGUGGCACUCGCGCUGUCAGGUGCUGUCGAACGACGGAUUUGGGCUCCCCGCCGCCGGAAUUUCGAAGAUACUGCCGGAGAAUCUCGCGGGGUCAUGGUUUUGGACGGACCAGUUUGCCCUGGAGCUUAUCUUCCACAACCGCAUGGCAAAUUACAAGUGCAGGACCACGGAGCCAGAAUCUGCUACGGCGUUCUACAUACCGUUCUACGCUGGACUCGCGGUGGGUAAGUACUUAUGGCCUAUCAAAGUCAAUUACACUAACGAAGACCGUGAUCGGGAUUGCAAGAUGAUGCUUAACUGGAUCCAGGAUCAACCCUACUGGAACAGAUCGCACGGCGGGGAUCAUUUCAUCACGAUGGGGCGCAUCACAUGGGAUUUCCGCCGGAAGGAAGGUAUGAAUUGGGGCUCUAGUUGCAUAUUCUUGCCCGGAAUGCGAAACAUCACACGCCUGUUAAUUGAGGCUCACCCGUGGGACUAUUUCGACGUCGCUGUGCCUUACCCCACCGGAUUCCACCCCUCCACGGCGGACGACAUCGCCCGCUGGCAGCAAUUCUUGCGCACUCGUCAGCGCAACACGUUAUUCUGCUUCGCCGGAGCGCCACGCCGGUUAAUCAAGAAUGACUUCCGGGCUCUGCUGCUCAGCCAGUGCAACGACUCCGGCGGCGCGUGCCGAGCCGUGGAUUGCGGCGGCACCAAGUGCUCAAACGGCACGUCGGAGAUUCUGGAAACGUUUCUGGACUCCGACUUCUGUUUGCAGCCCCGGGGGGACAGUUUAACUCGGCGGUCGACGUUUGACUGCAUGGUGGCGGGUUCAAUCCCGGUUUUUUUCUGGAAAAGAUCCGCUUACUAUCAGUACAGGUGGUUUUUCCCGCCGGAAACAGAGAGCUACUCCGUUUUCAUACACAGGGACGAGGUGAAAAACGGGACCUUAAUAAAAUCUGUGCUUGAAAAGAUCAGCAAAGAAAAGGUAAAGGAGAUGAGAAAUAAAGUGAUUGAUUAUAUACCCAACAUAAUAUACUCAAAACCCAAUGCGGGUAUAGAGGGUGUGAGGGAUGCCUUUGAUAUUGCCAUUGAAGGAGUAUUGAGAAGAGCUAAUUAAUGAAGGAGCUGGAAGAAGGACACUAGCAUAGGAGUUGACGGCGGUUAUGUUCGUUAUUGAGUAGGAAUUGUUAGUUAUACGUGUGUACUAAAAAAAGUUGGAAUUUGGUAAAAUAAAAAUUCAUAAAUUAGUAAUUUUUGCA